AUGACAGAUCGGUUUGCCCGCACCGAUGGCUCAACGACGUCUCCGUGCAACACUACCGAAGGAAUCUAUUGCGGAGGGACAUGGAGAGGAACUAUUGAUCACCUCGACUAUAUCCAAGGAAUGGGAUUCGAUGCUGUGAUGAUUUCUCCCAUUAUUGAAAACAUUGCCGGUCGGGCUUCAUAUGGUGAAGCCUAUCAUGGAUACUGGCCCCUGGAUCUCUACUCCCUCAACUCACAUUUCGGGACAUCUCAAGACCUACUUAGCUUGAGUGAAGCACUUCAUUCGCGGGGCAUGUACCUGCUGAUGGAUACUGUCAUUAACAACAUGGCGUACAUGACCAAUGGAAGUGACCCGGCCACGCACGUCGACUACUCAGUCUUCACGCCGUUCAACAACUCUGAUUAUUUCCAUGCCGCCUGCAAUAUCACAGAUUGGGAUAAUUUCACCAAUGCACAGUUGUGUCAAACAGGUGAUUGGGAGGUGGCGCUCCCUGACCUCUUCACUGAACACAUCGAUGUCCAAACCCUGUUAGAGACCUGGGCCCAGGAUAUAAUAAAGAAGUACUCUGUUGAUGGACUUCGAGUUGAUGCGGCUAAGCAUGUCAGUCCAGGUUUUCUUAAGAACUUCGGUCAUGCUGUGGGCGGGUUCAUGACGGGAGAGGUCUACCAACGAGAGGUGAGCAUUAUCUGCGACUACCAAGAAAAUUACAUCGGAAGUGUUCCCAACUACCCGGUUUAUUUCUCCAUUUUGGAGGCAUUCACAAAGGGCAACACUUCAUCACUUGCUCUCAAGGUAGAGGAAAUGAAAAACUCAUGUCCCGACGUCACUGCGCUUGUUUCCUUUUCUGAAAACCAUGACCUUGCCAGAAUCGCGGGUUUGACUGAAGAUAUAUCAGUAAGUAUACCAUAUCCAAAUGCAUUCGAUUAUCUACCAUCGCUGAUUGAACUUCUUUUACUCAAGAUUGCGAAGAACACAUUGACUUUCACCAUCCUAUUUGACGGUAUUCCAAUGAUCUAUCAAGGGCAAGAACAACACUUCAACGGAACAGGACAACCGGAGAAUCGAGAAGCUGUGUGGCUUUCUAGCUACAAUAAUGGCACGGAGCUAUAUCAUCUAAUUGCAACUCUGAACCGAAUUCGAAAGCAUGCCUACAGCCUGGAUCCGGGCUACCUUGACCUUCCAACUCGCACCGUUUUCCAAGGUGGGAGUGAACUCGGCUUCUACAAAGGCGUCGAAGGGCGACAAGUCCUCAUGCUCCUAUCGACUCAAGGUAUAAACGGUGGCUCCUACCCUGUCGGAAUGCCAGUUAGCUUUAAUGCUGGCACAGCUGUCACUGAGGUCCUGGGUUGCACGGCAUAUGAGGUCGAUGAUGUAGGGCAGCUUACCGUUAACAUGGCGAAAGGAGAACCGCGAGUCUUUUUCCCUAGUCACUUAAUGGAAGGGAGUGGGCUAUGCGGCUACUCCUCGAAGAAUGUUUCCUAUACACAACUAGUAACAGGUCAAUCUGUUUCAUUGGGGGCCAAAAAUAAAGGGCCUGGCGAUCACACGAUGUGGGGACUUGUUAUGCUCACGUUUAUGACAAGCUUGAUGAUCUUUUGA